AUCAAGUCAAAGGGAAGCACAUUGAUUGGGAACAGCAGAGAAGUAAUAAUAUAUUGGUCUUUUUUCUAUUGGUUAGCAUUUUAUUCAUAUUUUCCAAAAUGCCAGCAAACACUAUGGAGGAUGUGGAGACAUUUGCCUUUCAGGCAGAGAUUGCACAGUUGAUGUCCUUGAUCAUCAACACUUUCUACUCCAACAAAGAGAUCUUCCUCAGAGAGCUGGUCUCCAAUUCAUCUGACGCCUUGGACAAGAUCAGAUACGAGAGUUUGACAGACCCCAGCCGACUCGAAUCCUGCAAGGAUCUGAAGAUUGACAUCACUCCAGACCAGCAUGCUCGCACUCUGACCCUCACUGACACUGGUAUUGGCAUGACCAAGGCUGACCUCAUCAACAACCUGGGCACCAUCGCUAAGUCUGGCACCAAAGCCUUUAUGGAGGCUCUGCAAGCUGGAGCAGACAUCUCCAUGAUCGGGCAGUUCGGUGUGGGCUUCUACUCCGCUUACCUAGUGUCAGAGAAAGUGACAGUGAUCACCAAACACAACGAUGACGAGCAGUACAUUUGGGAGUCUGCUGCUGGAGGCUCUUUUACAGUGAAACCUGAUUUGGGUGAAUCCAUUGGGCGUGGUACCAAAGUCAUUCUCCAUCUGAAGGAAGACCAGUCAGAAUACACAGAGGAGAAGAGAGUCAAGGAGGUUGUGAAGAAACACUCCCAGUUCAUUGGUUAUCCCAUAACACUCUAUGUUGAGAAACAGAGGGAGAAGGAGGUCGACCUGGAGGAGGGGGAGACCAUUGAGGAGGUUGACACAGCAGAAGACAAAGACAAGCCUCAGAUUGAGGACAUUGGAGCUGAUGAAGACGAGGACACCAAAGAGGGCAAAAAUAAGAGGACGAAGAAGGUGAAGGAGAAGUACAUUGAUGCUCAGGAGCUGAACAAGACCAAGCCCAUCUGGACACGUAACCCUGACGAUAUCACCAACGACGAGUACGGAGAGUUCUACAAAAGCCUCACUAAUGAUUGGGAGGACCAUCUGGCGGUCAAACACUUCUCAGUUGAGGGUCAGCUUGAGUUCAGAGCCCUGCUUUUCGUCCCUAGGAGAAUGCCCUUUGACCUGUUUGAGAACAAGAGGAAGCGAAACAACAUCAAACUGUAUGUGCGCAGGGUUUUCAUCAUGGACAACUGUGAAGAACUGAUUCCAGAGUACCUGACCUUCAUCCGUGGUGUGGUGGACUCUGAGGACCUUCCCCUGAACAUCUCUAGGGAGAUGCUGCAACAGAGCAAGAUCCUGAAGGUCAUCCGCAAAAACCUGGUCAAGAAGUGCCUGGAGCUCUUCGCCGAAAUCUCUGAGGACAAGGAAAACUUCAAGAAGUUCUAUGAGCAUUUCUCCAAGAACAUCAAGUUGGGCAUUCACGAGGAUGCCCAGAACCGCAAGAAGCUCUCAGAGCUGCUGCGCUACUACACCUCCAACUCCGCGGACGAGAUGGUGUCUCUGAAGGACUACGUGUCCCGCAUGAAGGAAAACCAGAAGCACAUUUACUACAUCACCGGCGAGACCAAGGAGCAGGUGGCCAAUUCAGCCUUUGUGGAGCGUCUUCGUAAGGCUGGCCUGGAGGUCAUCUAUAUGAUUGAGCCAAUUGAUGAGUACUGUGUCCAGCAGCUGAAGGAGUAUGAUGGGAAGACUCUUGUGUCGGUAACCAAGGAAGGCUUGGAGCUUCCAGAGGAUGAGGAAGAGAAGAAGAAACAAGAGGAGCUCAAGACCAAAUUUGAAAGUCUGUGCAAGAUUAUGAAAGACAUCCUGGACAAAAAAGUGGAGAAGGUUGCUGUAUCCAACCGCCUGGUUUCUUCCCCCUGCUGCAUUGUUACCAGUACAUAUGGGUGGACGGCCAACAUGGAGAGGAUCAUGAAGUCCCAGGCCCUGCGGGACCACUCCACCAUGGGCUACAUGACAGCCAAGAAGCAUCUGGAGAUCAACCCUGCACACCCCAUCAUCGAAACCCUCAGAGAAAAGGCAGAGGCUGACAAGAACGACAAAGCAGUGAAGGACCUGGUGAUCCUGCUGUUUGAGACAUCGCUGCUCUCGUCCGGCUUCACACUGGACGACCCUCAGACACACGCAAACCGCAUCUACAGGAUGAUCAAGCUGGGCCUUGGCAUUGAUGAUGACGGCUCCCCUGAGGACGACCUCCCUAUUCCUGAGGAAGACAUGCCUGUUCUUGAGGGUGAUGAUGAUGAUACUUCAAGAAUGGAGGAAGUAGAUUAAGAAACUGUUUAAGGCACUACUUAAUGUUUAACAGUUUUAUACUUGUCUCUUAAAUUUGAGUACCAGUACACACAGAUUGUCUUAGGUUUUAAUGUUGGCUUCAGUAAAUAUUCUAUUUUUGUGUUUUUUUUGGUGAAAUGACGAAUUUCAUUUGUACUGAAAAUACUUAUUUAUUGUAUGGCAUUUUUGCCACUCAGCACUAUUUUUGUAUUAUAAUUUGUGAUAAAAAAUGAAUGAUCAA